AUGCAAUAUUCCGCCAUCACCCUCAUGACUUUGGUCUCCUCUGUCCUGGCCGUUCCAACUACACAGUCCAAUGUGCCCGGCUUCAACGAGAAAUUUGGAAUCAAGGCCCACGGCAAAGGCAUCAACGGCAUCAACGUUGUAGCCACUGGCGACCGCAUCUUCAUCGGUGGUCCCCAAUUCGCUCAAUGCGUGAACAACAAGCGUCCAAACUCCGCCACCUUCGCCAGAUACUCCGACGACACCAUCUCACUAUGGCACACCGAGAAUCCAACUCAACAACUCUGGGUGAGCCCCUCUUCCUCAGGCUCAGGUGAAGGAGUCGUUGGAUACACCACUGGAAAUGGUGCUACACCUCAUCACGACUUGCGAAGCCCCUUCAAGAUCGACAAGAAUGGACGCCUGACAUUCAACGGUGUUGGAGCCAAAGCUUGCCCGGGUACGGGCAACAGAUACCUUCUCUAUUUCACCAACCGCCAAUUGGAGAAGGGAUGCGUCGACGUCACGCUCCAAACUUUCAAGACUCCUGCUAGUAUCAGCUGCCUCUAUGUCUGA